GCGUCAGUAAUCCUUCCUUCGCAACAGGCCAGUCGCUGUCGUCGUUUCUCUGCUGCAAUUCGCUUCCGGACAUGGUCAUGUCGAGUCCCACAGCUGAGACGGCAAUUGAGACGCGAAGCAGAGCGUCUUCAUCUAGACUGCCGGCACAGAGAGAAACCGACGUCUGUCGAGACAUGGUACAUAGCAGACGCGGGUUGCCUGGGGAAGCCUUCCGAGAUUCAGCUAGCCUGGAAUUGGGCAGUGGUACUCUCGUGCUUGCACCAUCAGAGAAAAGGGCAGCCCUGCGAUGAGAGACCGGGAGAAGAAGAUCCUGAAUCCUGUGUGAGCCCGUCUUAGCGGCUGACAUGGGGAGCUGCCUCUCCCUCUCUUCGCCGAAUUCGGCCGCACAGGCGCAACAGAAGCAUGCGCAUGUCUCACCCGUCAAGGAAUCAGCCGGGGGGGAGGAUGCUCUACCUAGGAUUCUCUGCAAGCCCAGCUGCGUGCCGUGGUUUUGUCAGCCUGACCUGCGUUGCAAAUGUCCAAUGGCAUCUUCGGCUCAACCUCCUCCUCCCCAAGACCGUUGUUAGGCUGGCACCAAUGCAUUUUCACCAUAUUACUCUCAAGGGCACACAAAGCACCCGGUGAGUUUGCAUUUGCUUUUCGGAAUCACCCUACCUCCAUCGGCGGGCUAAGACCAUGUGUCCAAGAGUGGCGACAUCGUAUCCAGCAAUCAUGAU